AUGUCCCAACAGCGAGAAACCUACACGAACAGCUCCCCUCCACGUACUCCUCCCUCGCAGACCGCAAAGUAUCGUCCCAAGCAAAAGUACCCGACCCGGCCAUCCAUCCGAGAUGCUUUCCCAGAUGCCAUGGAGCAUGCGCCCCGGGUCAGCGAGUCGGGGGAUGAACGCGACCCGCAUGAUCUGUCUCUAUCGCCUAAACAUGCCGCCCGGACAUCGAUUGUCGAUAAUAUGCUUCUCUCGCUAGACCAAUUCGGCGCCCCUGAUUCAUCUAUUAUGGACGACUAUCGCCUGUUCAAUUCAGCUUUUGAUGUCGAACCACAUGGCCGUUAUCGGGGACAUACCUUCUCUUCAUCGAUGUCUUCAGACGUAGACUAUGGAUAUGAAGAUGGAACCAACCGCUAUGCGACAAUCACCAACAAGGGUCGCCGGAGCAACAGCAGCUCUAAUUAUCAAUCAAUGCCCAGACGAGUGGACAGUGGUCGCGGUCGAGAUGCAAUGGGUUCUCGGAGUGGUGCUGGCACCAUGCCGAGAGCGACUGAUUCCAGAAAGGGCAGUAAGGGCAGUCAAUCAACAGCAGAUUUUGCAUAUUCAAUGCCCAGGAGACGAGCAGAUUCAGAUGACCUCGAUCGACGUUCUCCUAGCUUUGACUGUGGCCCGAAGAAAUAUGCUCCCUAUUCCAAUGUUGAGAUGGCCCAAGACAAUAUGUUGUACGAUGAUGAUGCCGCACCGACGCCGAGUAUACCGGCGGGCCCACGAAAGUUCAACGACUAUAGGACUCCUACGGGUCCAGCCUCCCGAACACCGGUGGCGUCUCGGCGAAACAGUGUGAAAUCCUCGCAGGCCCCUCAGGUCCGCAAGGUCCGUCCAGACAAUAUUGGCACUGGCACGCUCAAGAUGCGAGACAAUGAUUUUGAAUUAUCGUGUGACACAAACCUUGAUCUACCCCCAGUCUUUCCGGCAUCUGUGGACCAUCCGGCACCUAGUCCAACUAUAUCUUACAAUAAGCCAACGUUCCCUCCCCCAGAACCGCCAGCGGUGACCACAACUACUACAGUAACUACCAACAAUAAUCUUGCAGCGAAUGCCAGGGACCGCCCGGGAUUCUUCCGACGAGUAUUUGGCUCGUCCAAAGCUGCAUCCCCAGGCCCUGCAGACUCGCCAGGUUCGAAUGUGAGUGAUCUGUCGUACCUUCAAGAAAAUGAGACCAAAGAUCCCACUGGAGCCACAGUCAAUCUGAAAGGAGGUAAGCUGCAGCCACCACCACCUAAGAAUUCUGCAGCGAUGGCUUCAAGCCCGACACCAGCUCGACAAGUACCUCAUCAAGUGGUGAACAAGAAAUCUUCGUUCUUUCGCCGGCGAAAGAAGUCUGUUGUGGAUCAUGUUCCACCACCAAUUGCAUUGCCUCAAGACCUUGCAUCUCACGCCCUAGAAUUGAUGAAGCCGCAACCCAGUCCGGUGAGCAGUUUGCGACAAGUUAUGCAUCAAUACCUCGCUGAUGGCGUUCCCGUGAAGCAGGAUGCCAAGGAAAACCGCGCAGGGGACCUGCCAUCACAGAAACCUAGAGAGAGUGUCUCAGCGCCAAGCGGUGGCUCUAAGAAACACGCUAGUUCAUUUCAACCUCCCAGCUCUGCCCGUGGUGGCCAGGAUCGUUUGCCGCUAGUAGAAAGUUGUGGGCCCGAUGAUCGAUCUUCACGAAGUGCAGAUACCGAAUCCACUACAUCUGUUGAUCCCCCCUUGCAGGAGAAGGGGUCACUUUUGGCGGCUAGUCCACUCUCACCGGUUGUUGAGGAUUUCUCACGCAGCAUUCAAUCGACUCACGUCAAGACUGCCGACAUUCAUGAUGCAGGCCAGGAAAGCUUAACUGGAACCCCAAGACUUGCAAUUCCUAAUGUUCCUGAGUCCCCUGCUAUCUCUGAGGCAUCACAUUAUCAAACCGCUUCGACAACUCCAGUUAUUGAAUCGGAAGAACUAAAACCAAUAAUGGACGAAUUCGAUGAAAACUUUGGUGGACCAGGCGAGGCUGUCGAGGACGGCCCUACCGUAAGCGAUCGUGAGCAAGCUCAGAAGCUGUUUGAUAGCCAAGACCAAGUAGUUGGGAAUGAUCCAGCCGCUGCCUGGCUUGGUGAUCCUGAUCGGGCCAUGAUCCGUGAAGCUUAUAUGCGUCUCUUCAACUGGUCUAAUCUCAAUAUUCUGGCUGCCCUUCGCAGCCUCUGUCAGCGCCUGAUACUCAAGGGUGAGACUCAACAAGUAGACCGGGUGUUGGAUGCUUUCUCUAACAGGUGGUGCGAUUGUAACCCAAGCCAUGGCUUCAAAGCUACUGACGUCGUUCACACCAUCUGUUACUCCAUUCUUCUGUUGAAUACCGAUCUUCACUUGGCCGACAUUGAACAGAAAAUGACCAAAGCUCAAUUCGUGCGAAAUACCAUGCCCACGAUCCAUCGAGUCGCCAUGGAUGCAGCUCCAGAGGGCUUUGAAACAUUACGCCCAACUAACCGUAGCAAGACAUCAGGCCCGGAGAUGGCAUAUUCUGCACCCUCCUCUGCUCGCUCUGCUACAUUCCCAGCCGAUGUCACCCGAAGCUCCAUGGAUGCGGACAACACCGGUCGAGGCCAUACAGAUGGUAACAACAAUGAAGCCGGUCCGCUGGUCAACAGCCCGUUCAUUGGCACCGUUCGAGCGUGGGAGCAACAAGUGGAAGCGGUGUUGAAAGAUUUCUAUACUUCCAUUCACAAGGAGAGACUUCCGCUCCAUGGAGCUCAACCAGUACGAGAGGUGUCCCGCAUGUCAUCCACAAAUUUCCUCGGUCCAACUACCGGUUUACUUCGCAGAAGUCCCAGCACUAUCAGCAAAAGUGGCUCCGAUAUCUUCCCUCGUGGCCGAUCAGCAGAUUCCCGCCACGCAGCGGCAAGAUGGUCCUCGAAACCCCGUUCUCGGGCCGGUAGAUUAUAUCCUCCGUCAGUCAUGGGCUCCAGUCGAACCAGUCUGGACGACCAGUCAUCUGUCUGGAGUCCGACUGCGUCGAGUACAUGGAGCAAAUAUUCGCUGGGUAAAUUCACAUCUGCUUCAGUGGAUUCCUUUGGCUCUGAUUAUCCUCGCGGCGACUAUCAGCAAUCUAUUGGUUUUGCUAAUGCUCUAAGUCAAGCCAUUAUCCGUGAAGAUUCGGCCACCUCCGUCUACAGCUAUGAGGAAUCCGACAAGGGUCCUCUACUCGAAGACGAGACAUUGGCUCUGGCUGGUGCGCCAUGGGCCAAGGAAGGCAGUUUGAAACAUAAGCAUCAUUUGGAUGCUGUGGACAAACGCGCCAAGGAUCGCAACUGGAAUGAUUGCUUCGCGGUCAUCCAGCAAGGUUGGAUGCGAUUAUUCUCAUUCACCAAUACUACCAAAUCCAUGCGGCAGAAAGCCAAGCAACGUGGUGGUGUUGUGGUGGGUGGUGGAAAUUGGACAGAGAACGCAGAGGAGCUCUGGAAGUUCAUGCUUCGGCAGACUAUUGCCAGUGCGCUGCCACCUCCUGGUUACUCCAAGUCUCGUCCUCAUGUCUGGGCUCUGAGCUUGCCCACCGGUGCUGUCCACUUAUUCCAAGCUGGCACGCCUGAAAUUGUGCGAGAAUUUGUUUCGACCGCCAAUUACUGGAGUGCGCGCUUGUCCAAGGAGCCUCUUGUGGGAGGUAUCAGUAACAUCGAAUAUGGCUGGAGCGAUGCUGUCAUUAACAGCGCGCUGAUCCACGCCGGUGAAGACCGAUCUCCCCCACCAUCCUCAGGGGCUCCUCGCCAAAGUAUCCAGAGCUCUAUUCGUAGCUCUAUCGAUCACCAGGGUGUGCGACCUAAGCUGCCGGCAGAUCGUGUCAACAUCAGUGACUGGAGUCCUCCUCAGCAGAGCAUGGUAGCCUCGCACCAGACUGAGGAAGCUCAACUGACGGCGCUUCAGGCGUACGUGAAAAAUGUUGAGGAUGAUCUCCAAAGACAUAAUGAAUUACGCUCUGCCAUGAAUUUGGCUUUCUCUCCUCGCCAUCCCAACGCAGCCAAGGCCAUGGCCAAUUGGGAGCGCAAGUCAUCAUACUUACUGCGUGAGAUUGUCAAGUUCCGAACUUAUAUCGAUUCUCUUCGAAACGCCAUCAACCAGAAGCAGAAGAUCUAUGCCUUUUCUAGCCACGUUGCUUCGUCAACUGAGGGUGAAGCCACAGAAACGGCAGCAGAACCAGCAGAGCCGAUCGAGGCCUGA